GUUUCCUGGGCUGUCUGAUCGGAAGCUACACACAUGUGAAUUUCUUUCCACUGGUGUCUCAGUAUGUAUGCUACUCACAGGAUGGUCAGACGUGGGCAUCAGAACUUACUUACCUUUUGUGGGGGAUCCACGCAGAACUGGCAGGGGCAUCUCCUUUAAGGAUCUUCCCAACGAAACCCGAGAUGGACCUCAGAACUUCAUGAUUUCACAUGCACACAUCUUUCUUUGAAGGGACUGCACUCUCUUCUCGGAACAGAUGAGGUAACUGAGACACAGAGAAGUGAAGUGAUUUGCCCAAGAUCACACAACAAAGAUGAGCAAGCAGCAUGUAACCUACUCGGAGUUGAUCCAUCAAAAAUCACCCCAGCAGCAGCAAGGAAGACCUAAGAAACCCAAGAACGAAGAUGUCUUCAGGGAGCAGCAGGUGACCUACACAGAGUUGAGAAAUUCCAAGCUUUCUCAGCAGCAGCAGCAGCAGCAGCAUAGAAGAGCCAGGAAAGUACCAGCCCGAGGUCAUGAGGAGGAGGUGACCUAUACGGAGUUGAAAAAUUCCCAGCCUUCUCAACUACAGCAGCACAGAAAUUCUCAGGGCAUUAAACGUACCGGUGCAGCAAGUGAGUAGCAACUGAUCUACAUAGAGAUGACCCUCUACGGCUGUGUCCAGCAACCAGGCAAGUGUGAGGCUGGGUAGACCACAGGUAUGGCAGGUUAUGAGCAGCCUCACAGGGUCUCUGUGCAUGCUUCAAUGAAGGAAUCACUGCCGUGAAAUAAAGACUCUGCACGUGAGUGGCAAAGUGAUGUCAUGGGCCUGGUUAACCAUUUCCAGAUUCUUUGAGUGCCUGAUUCUGACAGCUAAUAUUAUAAACGAGAGUUGGGGUAUUUGUUAAGUGCUUGCUAUUGGCCAAGCACUGUGGCAGACGCAAUCCGAUCAGAUCAGAUAUAGUUCUUGUCCCACAGGGGACUCAUGAUAGAAAGGUAUUUAGUUUCUGAUUUACAGGCAAGAAAACUGAGACACAGAGAAAUUAAGUGACUUGUCCAAGAUCACACCGUCGGCAAAUGGCAGAACCAGGAAUAGAACACAGGUCUCCGGACUCCCACCCCUGAGGUCUUUCCGUUAGUCCACACUGCUUCUCAAGAAACUCGCAGAGUUCUUUCUUCUUCAGAGCUCUGUUCUCUUAUUGUUGGAGUCCCAGGCCUGGGGUUGUCCUAUUAAUUUCAGCCCAGCUGCUCCCUCAUGCCCAUCCUAUGACUCAAAGCAUCUUCUUCCUUCCUGACAGUUUCUCCAUCCAUCCCAUGGAAGCUUGUCACUGGGAUUCUGGGGAUCCUGUGCCUUGGGCUACUGGCUGCCAUGGAAUCUAUGACAGUCAGGAUUGUGAAGACAUGUGGCUUUCAAGAAGAUAACAACACUACCACAUCAAACCACAAUGUAGAAGGAUGUCACAGUGGUCCAUGUCGAGAGAACUGGGUAGCCUACAGGAACUGCCGCUACCUGUUCUCCAAGGAAUCGGCCUCUUGGGAAGGAAGCCGCACUGCCUGGGCCGCUCAGAACUCCAGCCUCCUGCAGAUAGACAGCAGGGAAGAGCGGGAUUUCUUGAAAUUAUUAUCUCUUUAUCACUGGAUAGGACUCUCUCUUUCCGAAAAUGAGAAGUCCUGGCAGUGGACAGAUGGCUCACUGCUAUCCUCUGAUCUGUUGGAGGUUCAUCUGUCAAAUACCCGCUGGACCUGUGUACUUUCACAUCCAGGAAAUGAAGUAUAUGCGAAAAACUGUUCAUUGGAUGAGAGAUAUAUCUGCAAAUCUAGCAGCUGUUAGCCCCUUUCUUGGGAAUUCAUGGAAAUCAGACCGUUACCCAUUUCAGAACGGACACUCGCAGCAAAGAAAAUCUGAACUCUCUUGCCCGUGUUCCCUUCCCGCUGCUAUUUCCUUCUCCUCCUCACUUUUGCUACCAACUACUUUGGGUCACCCAAGCAAGGAGAUGAGAUUGAACCCAUUCCCCCAUCUCAGCGGAGUUAAUCACCCACCAAUUGGAGCUCCUUCUUAGUGACCCUAACCGCCAAUCUCACUCCCUGAGAAUUUGGACAAAGUGAGUCCUAGUCCAUUAGUGUCAUUAAAACAUUGAUUGCUGUUAA